AUGAGUCGCGGUGGAAAGCUGGCCCCUGAAGUAAACCGGGCUCUAUUCGUAAAGAAUUUGAGCUAUAAUGUCACGCCUGAGGAUUUGUUUGAUCUGUUUGGAAAGUUCGGGCCCGUACGGCAAAUACGGCAAGGCAUCGCCAACAAUACCAAAGGCACCGCAUUCGUGGUAUAUGAGGAUGUCAUGGACGCAAAGCAGGCAUGUGAUAAGUUGAAUGGGUUCAAUUUCCAGAAUCGCUAUCUGGUCGUUCUCUACCACCAACCAGAAAAGAUGGCGAAAUCAAAAGAAGAUCUAGCUGAAAGACAAGAGAACUUGGAGAAGCUGAAAAAGCAGCACGGCAUUGACUGA